AUGUCGUUUGUUGGUCAAAUCUAUGGACCAGGUGCACAAUAUAAAAAAAUCAAUGAACAAAUAGAAAAAUCAUAUGAUGAAUAUGAUAAUGAUGAAAUAAAAAUGCUUUAUGUAUUUAGUGCUGAAAAUCGAAAAUCAUCAGAAUUUGAUUGGAAUUUAAAUUAUGGUUGUGGAUUUAAUACAUUUAAUUUUAAACUUCUUAAUUCACAAAAUAAUAAAAGAAGAAAAUAA